AUGGAUGGUAUUAAACCACACCUCGUUCUAAAUCUUGCCGCCUCGGUGCCAAAUCCAUCAGAUGCCUUGAAAAACUCGCCUUUGCGCAUAGUUCCAGACGAUUUUAUGCAACUUUUUGCUAAACAUCUUACCCCUGCAUCGGCUAGAUCCUUUUUCCUCACUUGUCGACAAAUUGGCUUGGUGAUUGGAACGCAAUAUAUCGAUGGCCUGAAGACUUCGAAAGACGACACGCUGGAAUUCCUGAAUCUUUUGGAACAUGAUCUUCAAGAUCAAAUCAUGGAUGUGUAUAUUCACAAGAACUUUGGUGUCACCAUUUCUAAUAUGGCAUUGAAAAACCACCGCGUUUUUGGUAACGACGCCCAAACCCAGCGGCUCAUAAGACUUUUGUCAGCACCCGAGAACUACUCCCAUGAUAGGUUUUCCAAAAAUGUGACAACAGAGAAGAGAGGAGAAUGCCGUUUGGAGAAUGGUUCCCUAUUCACCCGGAAAUUCAUGAAUUACAAUGGGAAAUGUCAAAGUGUCGGAGCACUUGUUUAUAUACCUAUUUGCCCUCAUCUUAAUUUCGAGAAAGAUGGUUUUAACUUCCGCGCCACAUUAUACCGUGCCUACAGUAGAGCUGAAGAUAUAUGGUCAGCAUUACAACUACCUUGUCAGGAAAAAACCGGCACCGACGAGAAGAACAAAUCUCAGGAUAUUCAAUCGGGGCUUUUGCAGUGUAAGUAUUGUCUAACAGUAUGCAAAUUUCAAUUGAAGCACCACAACCGACACGCCAUCUCUCACUGUAACACAGCACUGGCAAUCGUUGUUUACAAGCAAUUUGAGUCGGAGGAAGAUUGGAGAAUGCACCUUCCGUUUUAUGAUUCAGAUGACGAGGAAAGCGAACCGAUCGAGUUUUCUAAAGAGAAAAUCAGCUCUGUCUUUGAAGUGGAUGAUACUGGUUCUGAAACUAGAUUUACUUGUUGGGGGGGCCUUACAUGA